AUGCCGCCAAAGAAGCCUCACCACCAAAAGGCUUCGAAAACUAAGGCAUGCUACAACUGCCAUCGGAAACGUCUUCGCUGUGACAAGUCGCUGCCUGCCUGUCUCAAAUGCUCCAUCAACGGCGAGGAAUGUCUUGGCUACGGCAUCGUCCUGCGUUGGGCCGCCUUGGAGACACCAAUCGAUGACAAUGUUGACCCUCUACCGCGAGCACCAGAUGAUAACCCAGAUCCAAGCUCACAAAUUAUCAAGCGCCCCGUCAACCUCAUCAAGAUUCCAUUAACAGAUCCUCUCCUCAACGGUCUCUCAACCAAGGCAAGAUGGUACAUGCAUCAUUUUGCCACGAUUGUCUGUCGAGACCUGGUCUCCAUUGACCAGAAGGAACGGAAUCCAUUCCGGGCCAUCAUCCCUUUGGUUCGCAAGUUUGACUACCUCCAGUCGGUCGUCUUAGCAACGGCAGCCAUGCAUUUAUCUACGAUUCACAAGUACCAAGGUCGAAGUCUACCAUCGGAGUCCGCCCUAGUAGACGCACUGAUGCUCAAGUCCCGGGCACUUCACCUUCUUCGCGCCGCCAUCAAUGACAACACGCUCACGGACAAGGCCAUGAUUCUUUCCGCCAUCGUCUUCCUUGUCAAUCUUGAUCUCAUCGACUCCGGCCGAGGAGGCUGGAAGGCCCAUGUUGAAGCCGCCCGGCGUCUGAUAUCAUCCCUAUACCUGACCAAGGCACACCUUGACGGGGCCAUCGCCCCCCUAGUCAACGCCAUCGCCGCCGACUGUCUUACCUAUCGCAUAUACGGCUCAACCAUCAGCGGCAACACUUCGUCGUGGUCGGACAAUACCAUCGAUGACGGGGUCGUGUUGCCGUACAUUUUGCAGAACGCCGAGGCCUACAGCUACCAUUGCGCACCACCGGCUAUCCUCCAAAUUAUUCUCUCUGCAAGCCAACUCUGUAGCGGCAGCUCCACAACGCCGGAAACAGAUGGAGGGGCGGGGAGGAUUGUCACCGCGGCGGCGUUGCUUCACAAGGCGCGCAACUUUGACGUGCAGACAUGGGUGUACAAUAUCAAGGGACUGCCACCGGAUGACGACCUGGAAGCGCGGGUAAGCGUGGCGUCAGCACACCGCGCGGCAGCCUGUCUGUUCGUCUUGUUGUCGGUUCCCGAGGCUGGAUUGCUCGAUAUACCUCUGCUAGAGCCCAAGGAUCUGGUGCAGGAAAUUCUUGGACAUUUGUCCUGCAUCCCAGAUAAUCACGUCCACUUGAAAGGAACGGUAUGGCCGACUUUUGUUGUUGGCGCAGAGACGGACGAUUUGAAUGAGAGGGCUUGGUGCCUGGAGCGGUUGGUGGCGGUUUGGACAAAGAAUCCUUGGACGUAUCCGUGGGGAUACGUGCACACGGCGAUGGAGAUGUUGCAGGAAAUUUGGAGGUUGAAGGAUUUGGCAGCGCAACAGGGCGAUGAUGGAAUCAACUGGUUGCAGAGGUUAAAAGCGACUGGAAAUAGCUGCUUGAUUGUAUAG